AAAAAAUAUGUGUAGAUAAGGUUACACUUAUUCAGAGAUUUAAAAAAAUUUUCGUUUCGGCCAUUUACAAAAAAAUUUUGUCAAACAUGAGAAGUUACGCUCAGGAUAUGAAAACCGUGCUCGAGCUUUGCAAAAAGGCACGUAAGAUAAGAAAGGCAAGGGAUGAUAAGAGUUACGAAUUUUCCAUCAAGGCAAAAGCGUAUUUGAGUAAAGAUGACUUAUCCGAAGAAGAGCAACAACAGAAGAAAAAGAAGGCCAAAGAGAAAAAACAGAAAAAGAACGAAAUGCUAAGAACUAUUAAAUCUAUGCAGACGCAUCUCUUGAGCAUGGAGGAUCGUGUCCAAAAGAUAGACAAACACGUAACAGUAAUGGAAGAUAAUGUUAAGGAAAAUGAGAAGAAGAGGGCAGCAUUAAAGGAUAUUGAGGAAAAUGAACGGGAAGCUAAAACUUUGGUGGUGACUCCUGCCCCUCGCAAAAGGGAUGGUAUACCGAAAAUGCGAACUGAAAUUAGACGAUUCCUUAACGUGCAUGACAGUCACUUUGAUUGUAGCCUUCGUCCCAAAAAGUAUAACAGACGUCCAUCGAUGGUUAAAGUACUAAGUCAUUCCGAGUUGUUUUAUCGUAAACAAAUUCGAAAUUUUAAUAUGGCUUAUAACAAAUCCGAAGCUACUUUGAAAAUUGUUGAACGACCAUGGGCACGCUAUAUUCCGACUGCUGAAACUAAAGUUAUAAAGGAUCACAUUUAUGAUGCUUUGUUUCAUAAAACAGCUUGAGUGAAACUUCUUGUAAUUAUGCGGCAAUUCACAAAAUUAAAUGUUUGAUUAACCACA